AACAACUCACAUUCAACGUGGUCACCAGCUUGGAAAGACAUUGUGUGAUAAGAGUUGUAGAGUCGCAAAAGUCGACAGCACCGCAGAAACUUUCCAUGAGCGACGAGGUGAUUUGUCAGGUGAACGUCAUUGUUGACGCAGAAACUGGCUGGUGGAAAUCAUCAAAGUCAAAAGAAUGGAGUCUUGGAACUCAGUAG